AUGAACGACGGAACGUUCACCUUGAUGAAUUUGCUUUCCUUGGCCCUUCCUUUCAAGGAUUUCACUGGGACCGACCUCCAGAGACACUACGAUAAUGAGGUUUGAACUAAUUUGUUGCAAAAUCUUCAUAAAAAGCCGUUGUUUUAUGACAAUGAAACAGCUGGUUCCAGAAAAUAUUCCUUUUGAGCGCUCAAAAAUUCGAAAAAUUAUCUUUUUACCACCUUUUAUGAGUGGAUAAUAUACGAAAAUCUAUUAAUCAAAACAUGUUUGCUCUAUUGACAAUACUUCCAAAACAUGAACUAUCUUCGGACUUUGUUUCUGAGCAUUUCUAAGGAUCCCUUUAGCGGCGUGAGCCCCUUAAGUGCUCCCUACAAAGCUUAAAAACGUCCGUAGCGUUACCAAGUUUUCUUACUGAAGCUUAUAUCUCUUCAGCCCUUUUUCAAAUUUUUUAAACGGGAAAAACUUCAGAAUCUCAAAAUCCUCAGAAACUCUAGAGUGGUCCUUAUAGGGGUUAGGGCAAAAAAGGACCCUGCAGGAUAAAUAAAAUUACCCUUUAUAGAGCUAAAAUUAAAGUGGUCCCUAGAGGGUUUUAGGGUCUGACCUCUGAGCCCCUGAAGCUAGGGACCGCAGACGAAUUUUCAAAAAAAUUUUUUCAGCGUUGAGCUUUGUAUGGUUUGAUAGCUGAUUCGAUUCAAAACUCAGAACCGUUUAGUUUUUCGAAAAAGAUUGAGGAUGACAAAAGUUGUGACGCAAAAUGUGGCGCGCCGCGCACCAUUUUUUUAGUACUGAAAUUUUGGUAUUAUCCAUUUUUGACAUUUUUCUCGAUUUUUCUUCUAGAACAAGUUUUGAUACUGGUCUAUUAUGAUGUAACAAAUCAUAAUAGAGUGUUAAAAUGAUGUUAAUCAGCUAGUUUGCCGAAAAAGUCGGUAUUUUCCAGAAAACAAAAAACUGCCGCUUGCGGGCAUGGAACUCGCGACCUCAAAAGGAAAAAUCGCAGCGCACGCGCUGCGCCAAGCUGUCGGGUCUAGCAAGGGAAGCUUCCAUCCGCCAUACCCUUGAGCUGUUUGAAUAGCACAGAUUGCCUAUUUCAAAAAUAAAAACUUGAAGUAAUUUAGCUAUUUUUAUCAGAAUAUGUUCGCAAAUCUUUACUCAAACUUUCCGUGAAAAAUUCACUUCGAAAAAAACUGUUUUUUUAGUGUUUUUUUGCCUCGUUUAACGAUCGCUGCCUUAAAAACGGCCCCCGUAAAUUUUUUUGGCAAAGACGAAUUUUUUUAUUUUUAUUCUUUUUAUUUGAAAGAUUUUUUUACUAGUAAAUGUAUAUAACCGUUCAAAAAAACUUGCGUUCGACCGCUUUCUGUGUGAUAAACGCCGCUAAUUUUUAUUCUCUAUUUUUCAAGAGCAUUUUUUUGCGUAUUAAACAGCUUUUUUUCAAGCACAUAUUCUGUGGAGAAAAUAUUUAAGUAAGCCCAUGGUCUAAAUAUUGAAAAAAACAAAAAAACUCGAUUAUAUUCGCUUAUUAACGAUAUUUUUGAAUUAUGACUUUCGGCACUCCCUAAAACUUUUGGCAAAGACGAAUUUUUUAUUUUAUUGUUUUAAAAUUACCGUUACUUGAAUCAAAAUCAUUAUUUAAAAAAAGAAAAAGUGCGUUCGACCUGAAAACACAUGAAAAAGCAAAAAAUGACAAAUUUUUUUAGUUGCAUUCACGUUUUUGUACGACAUUCCGCGCGAACGCAUCAAAAAAAGCGUAAAAUAUUUUUUUAAACGAAAGAGGAAGCUUUUUCUGUACAUGUGUGUCAAAAUUUAUUAUCCAGUUCCACAUAUUUUGCAACUACAGCAAAGUUAAAGUUGAAAACCAAAAAAAAGCCACUUUUUCUAUCGUGAAAAGGGGCGUGGCUUUGCGGUCCCUACCUGAAGCUCAAGUGGCCCCUAUAGGGUCUUCUUGAUGAUUUUUGGUUCGAAGAAAUUUAAGAAAAUUAUUUAUUCGUCCUCUGUUGAUAUUUUUCAUUCAAAUCGAGUUUUUCGCGUGGAAAUGCUUUUUCUCUUAGAGUUUAACAACAAUAAUCGACUGUCCCCUAUAGUGACCGUUAACUGAAACUCUUUUAGGGGUUACUUUUGGAAGCCUUACUGGUUCUAUUAAGGGUGGUAAAGUGGCCCCUAUAGGGAUAGAAUGGAGCCUUCAUGUGCCUCUAAGUUCACCCCUAUAGGGACCACUCUGAAGUUUCGAAGUCAGUUAUUUUCUGAAUCCUUUUCUUGAAUGGUUAAAGCUUCAUUUGAAAUACUUUAUCAAGGUUUUCAUAAAUAGCUCAUUUUUGAAGAUGCGUCUGAUCCGAGAUCUGUCCAAGAAUCCCAACCUGACACAGCCUCUGACAAAAUUGCCGGCCAAAGUUAUGCCCUACUUUGUCAUAACUCAUGUUCAUGAAUUGGUUUUGUUCUUUUUGUCAUAGUUUUUGAUGAAAUCCAUUUUUAGGAUCAAGAAGAGCAAGUGAUGAUGCUGUCAGGGUCGUUGACGCUGGUAAAACUUUUUUUUUCUAACUUUUGACUUUUUGGACUUUUUCGAAUUUCACAGGGAAAUUUUCAGAUUUGUGUGGAGAAGUAUUUCGUUUUUCAGGAAAAUCAGAAUCAGAAAGAGAACUUUUACUUUCGAAAUGAAAAAUUUUAUUUUCGCAGUUUUAUUUUUACAGUCCAAGGGUCUCGUAGUUCGAAAUACUGUUUCAACCAAGCUAAAUCUAGGAUCAACUAACCCGUUUUUUCUAAUAAGAGUUGUAUACAAAAGUGGAAUGAGUACUCGUCUAGAAUUUCGAAAAACGGAUUUAAAUAUAAAAAAUACGUUUUUUGCAAUUUUCGAUCAUUUUGCAUGAUAAGCUAGCCCUUUUCAUCUUCAAAUUUUUGUUAAAUUUCAAUUUAUAUUAUUAGAUGUGGCUCGAUGAUCGCCUAGAAUGGAACAUGAGUGAAUACGGCCAAAUCUCCGAACUCUCAAAGAGUCGAUUUGGAUCCUUCGGCUCCAGACAGCUCAAAAUCUGGGUUCCUAAUGUCCAUGUCACGGAUUUGUGGGUUUUAUCAACUCUUUACUUUUUUCUACUUUAAGGUCGGAUAUUUUAUAUCUUUUCAGAUCAUCAAAAACCGAGGCUUACUUGGCAUUUGAAAAGGCAGAGCUUCUGAUAACCAACAGCGGAAUGGUCCGCGCCACGGUAUUUUUUGACUUUUUCCGCUAUUUUUUUAAAAAUUUUAAGUCUGUUUGAAAAAGAAGCGCUGAUUUAUUUGGCCGUACAUCGACAUAUUUAAAAAGAUUUUUAUCAAAACGAAAGGCCAUUUUUUUAAUGUUAUUUUUAAGUCAUUUCUGCUAUUUUAACCCUUCCAGAAGGUUUUUGAACUUUUCAUUGGUCUCAAAAAUUUUUCUCAAGUUUUUUCUGAUUUUUUCUGAGGUGGUUCUUGAAUUUUCUUUCUCGAAAAUUUGGAAAAUAUCCUGAUAAUUCAAAAAAACGACCUUUUUUCAUGACAGCCUUAUAGUUUUUUCUGUCAGUAGGUCUCCUUCAAAGACUCUAAAAGUUUCAAACAUGCGAUUAUUCGUAUUACUACUAAAGUGGUCACUUGCUUUACAAAAAUUUCCUUCUCAAUGACGUCAUUCAGGUAAAUCUAAACAUCAAAACAACGUGUUCCUUUGAUGUCGCCGACUACCCGGACGACACACAAAAUUGCACUUUUAGUAUUUAUUCUCCAUUGGCGGCCGAUGUGUGAGUUAAUGGAUAGAGAUGGAUAAAUUUGAAUUUUUCGGAAAAUGGAUACUUUAUAUGAGGUGUAGAAGUUUCAUUUUUCGCAAUUUUUGAACUUUUCGAUUUUUGAAAAUCACUGGAAAAACUCCUUGAUGACGAAUAAAGACCGCAACAAUUUUUGAUUUUUGAUGAAAAGCGGUCUUGAAAUGGUUUAUAAGUCAGAUUGAGGCGCCCUUCCUCGGAAAACAAGAAGUUUCAGAGUUCAAUACUUCUAGAAUUUUCAUCUGGCCAGUUCCCAAAAAAAAUACAGCAGAAAAGUCAAAUUUUGUGGGUUGAGAGUCCCGCCACCGCUCCAAAUUCGACAGCAUCCGUCUUUUUUCAGAUUCCAAUUCACGAGGUUUGGCGGUGUGGUCAUCCCAAGGGCUGCUCCGGCCGUCGACGUCGCCGAUUUUGUCGUUGAUCGGAUCGAUUCGAGUAGUAUGUAUCUGGCCGGAGGCUACGUUGUAGUCAAAAAUGUCGAAAAAUGGUGAAAAUUUGUUCCAAAUUUAUUUUUCAGAAGCAAUCUGACCAGUCAGGGACCUAUUUCUUAUUACUUAUAAGAUCAUAGAAACAUGGAAAGAACACUUGAAAAUGAGAGAGUAGAAAAGGUGCAGAGAAAUUGGACUUAUAUACUCGAUUUUGAACGAUUUGAAAGGGCAUGGACUUUUUUAUUCAAACAUUUGAAAUCCAACUCCGCCCGACUUUGAUAGACUUUCUCUUUUGCUGCAAGAUAUGACAGCGCGUAAGUAGUUUUAAGUCGGUCGCGCUAAACCAAAAAAAUAGGCCUUGUAAAAAGUAAUUGGAUAGAUAUAGCUGAUUCACGGCUAGCUUGGGACGCUAAGGGGGCGUGUCCUGUCUGCACUCUCCACGAGCCAGGCGCUAUCUCGUGCAUUAUCGUGUCAGGACCCUUUUUUCGAUGGCUCAAGCCAGCCGUGAAUCAGCUAUAAAUGGACUAUAAACUACACUCUGCAACACUAUUUCAGUGCAAACUGCCAAAAAAAAGCUAAAUUUUUUUAAAGGAGAAAACUCGCCUUCCUUCGAUCCAUCAACCGCUACAAUAUCGUUUUCAAACGCAAAAAUGUCUACUAUCGUCACAUGGCCAUGCAAAUGUUCUGCAUAUCCGCGUAAGAAUUUAUCUUUUCCAGUAUUUUUUCAUUUUUCUUUUUUUCAGAGCUGUCAAUGUAAUCGCAAUCUUGCCAACGAUGAAAGCGGUUGUUCUUUUGUUGAUGUGCCUUAUGGCUCAGGUAAGUUCUACUUUAUUAUUUUUUCAAAAACUCUUUUGACAACAACAUUGAUCAAUUAGAUCAUUUUUUCAAAAAAUUAUUGAAAUUCCAAGGUUCUCCACGCAAUCUAUCUGUUUGGCCAGCUGCCUCCAGCCUACGUCUCCCUUCCAAGAAUCGGUACGUUUCAAAUACGUAUAUUAAAGUCGAAUUCAAAGUAAAAGUUAAUCGAUAAGAAGGAUGGAGAAUAGGUAAAAAAAAAGAUCGAACAACAAUACUAAUUUAAAAAAUCCAACAAAAAAUUAAUUUUUUUUCACCUUUUUUCCGAAUUACAGUACAAGUCGGUAUGUUUCUGAUGCUGGAGACGGUCCUUUUGAUGGCCUGGCGAUCUUUCUGCAUCCAUUUCCGACAACACUACGAAGUAUCCAAAAAAAACUGGGUGGAUUAUAUUACAAUCGCCGACACACUUGUCAUUUUCUCCUGCUUUGCCUUUUUAAUCUUCAGCGCGUUCAUUUUGUUCUAA